AUGCAACGCAUCACCACAUUCUCAAUUGCCUUACUCCUCCUCAGUAUCUCCUCGCUACUUUCCGCUCAAGAUCCGGACCCGCGACCGUGUUUUUUCCCAAAUGGCUCAAGAGCGCCGAAUUACGUAGCAUGUAAUACUGCUGCAACAGGGCAUUCCGCCUGUUGUAGGAAUAAUAACCAAACAACAUGCUUCUCGACGGGAUUAUGUUAUCUAGAUCGGGGAUUCUACGAACGAGGGGCGUGUACAGAUCAGUCAUGGCAGAGUGAUAGCUGUCCUGGGCCGUGUAGAGACUUCAGAAACUCCGGUCAAAACAUCCUUGCUUGCGCCGAUACUACCGGUUCUUUCUGCUGCGGAACCGGUAGUAACCCGUCCUGCUGUUCAAACCGAGAUAACUACUUUACAUUCGAAGUCGGACAGAUCGCAUUUAUAAACGGCGAACCUGUAUCAAGAACACGUACCGCCGGUCCUGCAAUGGCAACAGGAACUUCGACAAACCCGGCUACGGCUACAACAGAGCCACAGAUAAUCGAACGAACUCAAACCGGUGUUAUUGCCGGUAUGGCAGCUGGUAUCGGUGUGGCAUCUGUAAUUGCUAUUGCAUUUGCGAUUAUGUACUUUCGAGAACGGAAAAAGUUACGGAAAGCAGGUGCAGCUGGUGCGAAGUACGAGGGUAGUGGGAAUGGCGGGAAUGGCAGAGUGUAUGACGAGCAGGAUCACUACGGACAUCAUGAUGCGGGUGAACGAGAAGGUUUCAUGAGUCCAAGAGGUGCUUGGGCACCAGGCGGUAGUGGUGGGGCGGAUAGUCCUCGAAUGGCAGCUGUCAUCCCUCCAAAAUAUGUACCUCCAGAGAGGAGGGGAGAGUCUGCUGUGCUGCCUCAACCGCCUCAACCGCCUCAACCGCCACAGCAAACUGUGGAUGGUGGGCAACUCCAAGGAACACCUUUAGGGGAACUCCCAGGCCAAGGGAAUAGCAUAGAAGGCCUGAGCGAAUUGGCAGGGACCGAGUCAACUAGAAGGUACUAG